UUACAACCAUCUUCUUCGCUCUCCUCAGCUCUCGAACCAUCGUUGAUGCUGUUUAAUGUCUCAGUGCAUGCUGUGAGUUACCUGCAUCCUUACGGCUUUUCUCGUUGAGGGAGUGCAUCAAGGAGCAAAUAUACAAUGAGUAGUCCAAUGAAUUUGCCGAUCAGCUCCAUAAUGGACAAGUGGGCGCUAAAGGUCAUUGUGGCAACACACUUUCUGCUGACAGUGUGGGCGUUACUUGCCAGCAAUUUCCUUCCCAGUGGAUACCUCUAUAUGAACACCAUCAUCAUAAUCACCGGUCUAUGGUCAAUAGCAAUGCAAGAUAAUAAAGACAGUGUGCAAAUGUUCUUCAUCUUCCAUUUAAUCAGUAUUUUGACGGACAUUAUUUUUCUUGGUGUGAUGUUCGGCCCCGCACAGGCUGCUUAUUGUUCACUUGAUGCAGGAAGUGAUUGCAGUGACUUUAGAUUCAGCGCUGGAAUGGCCAUCAUUAAUCUGCUAAUCAAGCCGCUAAGCGCGUGCUUCCUCUUCGUGGAGCUCCGAAGGAGGGGCGGAAUCUAUACAAGCUUCCCCGGUAACCCAGGGUCUAGCGGCUACGAAAACAUCGACCAGCCAAUUCCGACCAAUCAGCAAGUAGAAGCCGCCCAGCCCCACCAAUCAGCAAUGGAGAGGCCAUACCUCCCACAGUGAGGAACGCUGCACCACGCCCAAGCAAUAGAGAUAACAAAAUUAACAUAAACAAAGAAAAUUAAAGGCAGUACUCAUGAAUAUGUAUAAGUUUUGAU